AUGCCGAGAUUCGCUGUUGAUCUGAACACACCCGAUGGUCGCAACACCGUGGGUGGACGACCCUGGCGGGUGGCGCCUGGCCUGGUUCCCGGCGAACCCAACGAAGGGUUGUCCGCACGACUGCUGGCAGCGCCACCCCGUCUCGCCGACUUCGACGACUCCGCCUGGGACGAGUGCGAUAACGUGCGCCAGAGCCUGUCGGUAGGUUUCACUUUCGCCUGGUACCGCAUCGCGGUGACUUUGCCAGCCACCAUUGACGGGGCGGACGUGAGCGGUGCUCGCGUCUGGUUCGAAACCAACUUCGACAAUUACGGCGAAGUGUGGGUAAACGGCGAGAUCGACCGGGCUUUCGGUAGCAUCGUCGGUCUGAACGCUCCGCACCGCGUAGAAAUCAGCGGGGCAGCAGAGCCGGGCGCCACCUACGUGAUCGCCUGCCUCUGCCUGAACGGGCCCCUCGCGGCGCCCCGGGGCGGUAUCUUCAUGCGCUUCGCAACGUUGGCCUUUGAAUCCACCGACGACUAA